CAGAGUUUAGCUCUUUAUCGAGGCUUGCAGACAGUUUUUAUCGCGCAGAUCGAGAAGGGAGCUGAGCCAUUUGAAUUAACUCUAGUUAUUUCAGUUAUUUCUGCAACCUUUUCAAAUCACGAAUAUGAUAAAAUCUCUAAAGGUUGUUCGUUCUUUGUAUCAUGCGGACGACCCAUGGCCACCUAAACUUAAUUCGUGUUUAACGGAAUUGGAAGGCUUGCGAGAAAUGCAAAGCGAUGGUGAAGGUGAGGAAAAGGUAGGGGCUACAUUUUAUAAUAUUUGCUAAAAAUGAUAAAACUGAGAAAGUGUAGCACGGCGGUGUUUUGCUACUGUGUAGGACUGAUGUCCAAGUGUUGAACACAAUCCGAAUUGACCAAACCCAGCUGCCUGGCAUCACCUGCUGUUUACUCUUUUGAGUUCCAAAAAUCCCAGUACAGCUUCAAACAAGUCCUAGGUUUAAGUGUAUUUCAUUGUCCUCAAAAUCUACAUAUCAUAUCACUCUUUUAUCAGCUUUUGAAAUUUCGAAAAUUGCUGUAUUGUUUGAAAAAAGCUAGAAAAAGCUAUUUUUAGAACUUUCAGUCAGUGUUAUGAACACCCGUACCCCCUGGGAUAAGGUGAAUCAAAAUACCCCUGUAAACAGUCCCACCCAGCCACACACCAACACACACACACACCAAAUCGAGGCAUCAAAGGGUAGUGUACGAUAAAUGUUAUUCCUUUUCAGAAUGGAAUUGAAAGGGGGAAAGAGGAUUCUAGUGAGGAAGCUUUUCAUCAAUCAGGUGCAGAAAUCAACCGUAAGCAAGAAAAUGCAAAGCGAAAAGGAUCAGAUACUGGUGAACUUACCACAAAAGACACCCUUUCAACCAGGAGUGAAUCCAAUGACUGCAACCAAGCAUUGACAUCAAGCAAGACCAAUGCCAUUGCCUUCCACAUUCCUGUGGAACAAACAGUUUGCAAGCCACCUCCUAAAAGGUUCUGCAACCAGACGAAAAAAGGAAGAGAAAACAUCAGCAUCGAGAGGAUUGCAGAGAAACAAGAAAUGGCUGAACGACGAAAGAAUGUGAGAACCUUAUAAUUAUACUUUAAUUAUACACCACAGUGUUCUAAAUUGGCUGGUUUACGUGGCAAUUAAUUGUAGAGUUUUGUAAAAUUCCAAUUUUUACAUUUUUAUUAUUGUCAAUCAAGUAAAUACCACAAACUUAUUACUUGCACAUUUAUUAAAUGAGCCUUGCAGCCAAAUUCCCUCCUAAUAAGAAGCCUCAUCCAAAUUAGACUGCAAAACAGUCUGUCUUUUUCAUAUGAGGGUCCAAACAAAAGUCUUGGAGCAAGGGCAAAAGUGGAGAAUAGGCAUGCAGUGAGGCUUGUGCACUUUGCACAAAAAUCUCUGGCUGACACUUUGCACCUUGAAAAACUGAUUUUGAGAAAAAAAGGACUGUUUUGCAGUCUAGAUCCAAAUAUAAGCCCCUCUAAAAAGGCCUGUUAAAAAAGCCCUAGGUGCUCUUUUGCCACCUGCACUCAACUUGCAAGUUUGUUAAAGUCUGCAAAUUAAUGUAUGCUAGUUGAAAGUUAAUAUAUGCAAAUUAUACUUAAAAGUAGGUUUGCAUGGGGUUUUCUUGAAACAUUAGAAAGCACUUUUAUGCAAUGCAUGCAUACAUCUUCCAGUACCAUAAUGUUGGUUAUUAAUAUUAUUUAAAUUCCUGUGGCUAUAUUGAUUUACAAAUAACCUGUUUAUACAGCAACAUAUGGAACAAAAACUGAAAAGAAUCCAUGAUCGACAAGAAGCUGCUAGAAAGCUCGCUCAUAAUGUGGAAAUGCUACUGCAACAGAGGUCCAUACAGAGUGCCACUAGAGCAGGUGCCAACCAAAACACACCACAGAUGACAUCGUCACAACUACUUGCUACAGCUCGCCAUGUUGCCAGAGAUUUUAGAGCACUGACCUCUCAAAUGACAAAGGACUUUGUUGUGGAUGAUAGAAACAACAACUUGUCAAAGAAAUCUGUGAGCUAUCUGAAGUCUCAAGAGGAAAAACGCAAUGUGGUAAAAUCAUCUAAUGACGACAACAACAGGGGUAUUGCAUUCACUGUUAGCUUUGAUGAUAACCCUCAAUGUUUAUCUCCAGUUCCCAAGGCAUUGCGAGUGCCCAAAAAGACACAGAAAAGCAUGUUAACAGCCCAAGAAUUGCAGGAGAAACAACAGAGAGCUGAAGAAAGAAGAAAUGUAAGUCAAGUACUACAAUCAUGUUAAUUUGUCAGUUUACACCUGUCAUGGGCCACCUCCAAACAUAAGAACAAAUUGUACACUCUUCUAGUCUUAGGGAGGAGGGGUGCGUAAACACAUUGUAUGUAUAUACCUUGCUCUGAGAGUCAACUUUUCUAAAAUUUCAUAAGGGCCAGGGUUUUCCCCUAGCUUCUAUUAGCUUGACACCCUGCUACUUUCAUACAAGUAAGAAACAAAGGGAAAACAGACCAAAUGAACUGCAUAGCUGUUCAAUUCCCCACCUGGUUAUUGCAUAUAUGCCACAUUUUGAAAUCGUAGUGACAGCCUUACUUUCAUGGUCUACAGAAAAGCUGACCCACUCUCAGACCUUACAACCCCUCAACCAUGCAAAUCUCGAGUGUUUGAAAAAAGCCCUAAAAUCCUGGGCCCAGUUGUUUGAAGGCUGAUUAGCGCUAACCCAGGGUUAAAUUUUAACCUGGGUCUCUUUUUCUUUUAAUCAAAGGCAUUUUCUCAGACAAUUUUCUCUAUUCUUUUUAGAGUAGCCAAUCCCAAAUUGUUGACAAAAAGAAUUAAACUGAAUAUGCUUUUUAAGCUUUCAUAUCUGAAUUCAAAUUUUGAACUAACCCUGGGUUAUCUUAACCCAGCUUUGAACAACUCGGCCCGGGAGUUUGGGACCUCAAACCUGGAGUUUUCCAAAAUAUGUGUCAAAUAAAACCAAAAAGGCAGAUGAUUUAUGUCCUCAGGUGUUCUUUACCCUAUUAGUGGUCUCUGUUCUCUGUUGAACUGUAUGGCAAAGUUGAGAAGAUUCUGUUUCAAUGUCCAGGUCAAUAGGACAGUAGCAGCUUUCCCUCCAAAAUUAGAUUGAAACAAUAUUUGUCCAUUAUGAAGACAUUUUCUUUUUAAUUAUGCAAUUUCUACCAGAAUCAUCUGGCAAUUUUAGAUUUUAUGAUUCACUGUGAGAUUUGGAUGCUAAAUCAUGACAUCAUGAUGAGUUGACUAUCCAAACCGUGAGAGUUGGACAGUCUGCUCUCUAGCUUAUACCAUUUGUGGAACACCUUUCAUGUAUUCUUCACCCAUCCUAGGAAUUUUUCCUGCCUUGAAUAUCACAUUAUUCCUGCAUUUCUUGCAGCAACAGAAACAAGACAGAGUUAAGAGGACUAUCGCCAACCGUGAAGCGCUGUUUAAGCUGGCUUCAGACCUAGAAACUUUCAUGAUAUGGAAUGAUAAACAAUGCUGUCGCACAGCAAGUUUUGAAGACCACCAAACAACACGACACCAAAAUCAAACAGCACAACUAGCUGCUGAAAUUGCAGAUGGCUUUGAUCGAUUGAGUCAGCGGUACGCAAGAGAUUUAAAGCAAGCUGAGGAAUUUUCCUGCAGUUUAUGGAGUCGUGGCCAGUUGCAGAAGUAGUGUGUGGUGUUGGGGAUGGCCAGGAAAAUUAAUUGUAUUUGAGAGACUUAACCAAACCCAUUCAACCCUAUUUCAGUUAGCUUUUUUGUAUGUCAUGCAGUGAAUUCAGGACGUAAUUAGGUAAUCAUUUUUUGUUUUGGCAUCAUGACAUUGCUAGUUGUCCCUGCUCAGCCAAGGAUGUGCAAGUGAAAGCUGCUUUUCUGCCUGUGAACUGCUUACCAGUUUGACUUGGCGGCUAGAAGGGAAGUGUUAUUACUGUAUAUAUUACUUCAUUCUUUCCCACACUACACCCUGUCCUGAAAGUGCUGUGAAUUUGCAGUUUUUCUCCCACUUUAUCAGGUACGAGUUUGUCCCGUGUAAAUUAUUGAGUUUACAAUAGAAGGCCCCAACCUAUUUUCUGAAAAUAUUUUUUGCUGGUAUGUAAACAUAUGUUAUUUACCGUUGGCAGGGGGGUGUUUAAUGUAUAAUAAUUUGAUUGGUUUACUCAAUCAAGAAACAAGAAGCAAACCUUUUCAGUAUUAAGAUUCCAGGUCAACCUUAAAAAUCUUCAGUAUGAAAAACACUGCAUUGCUAACAAAUUCAGCUUUUUGAAGCUCAGAUGCUUUCGUGAGCAAAGUGAAAUUUGUAAAUUUAAUAUUAUUUGCCAUCUAAAAUAAUAAUAUAUUUGAAAUUGAUUUUAUUAACACCCUGAUUCUGAUUACAACCACUGAAAUCAGCUUAAACUGAUUUUAGAAUAUUGACUUUCGACAAUGGUCAGUAAAAUGACUAUAAUGAUGUACAGGCAACAAUCAUGUACAAACUCAUAUUAGAGGAUUUCAUGUAAUUAUUCAAUAUUGAUUUUUUCCUUCAAAAAUAUAUUCUGAAGAUUUGUGAUAUACAUGCUAGAAACAUUUUUAAGAUAAGAGUGUGUAGUCACAACGGAUUUGGAUUUAGAAUCUUAUGUAAAGUGCUUCUCUGAGACCAUUUUACCUUUCAAAUGAAGUACAUGUAACAAACUCUGUUUACCACACAAAGUUCUCGAAAGUUGUUUAUUUUUUUGCAUAAAAAUCUUUGCAAUUUAUCAAGCAACACUCUUUAACUUGUUAUUUAAACUGUAAUUAGUUGUACUAUAGGUGUAUAUAUUGUUUUUAACGGA